AAGGGUUACUUCUGAACACCUCUCCAGUGUGAACUCUGCACCAGUGGGACAACACGUGCAUAUGCAUAGAGUCAAUCUACAGACCAACUUUGACACAGAACAAAGUUCCAGCUAUAAAAGCAAUGAUUCACUGCAGACUGAACCCUCCUGCUGUUUGUUUAAGAAAACUGUGCUGUGAUUCAGCUGCUGUCAGUGGAACCAGCUGGUUUCUUUCAGAGCAUCUCAGACUCUGCAGAACCCGACCCAGUUUGUGUCAAAUCAUGGCACUUUUAGAUGUUUUGCUCCAGUCCUUCUCCACCCCGCUAUUGGUGGUUCUGGUUCUCCUUCUGACAUAUUUUCUGUUUUCUGCCAACUUUAGCUCCAAAAGUCUUGGAAAGGAGCCACCAGGACCGAGAGGACUCCCCGUGCUCGGGAACCUCCUGCAGAUGAACCUCAGGAAACCACACCUCACUUUGAUGCAG